UUAAAAAUGCAUAGUAAGAAGCAGGCUCCAGUAAAAUACUAUGUUGGAAUUGAUGUUGGAUCAGCAAGUGUUCGUGCGGCUUUGGUAGACGAGUUUGGGACAGUAGUGGCACAUGCAGAUCAGCCAAUCCAAAUUUGGGAGCCCCAACCAGACCACUAUGAGCAAUCCUCUGCUGACAUAUGGGCUGCUUGUUGCGUGGUCACAAAGAAAGUUGUCUGUGGAGUAGAUGCUAGCUGGAUUCGAGGGGUUGGUUUUGAUGCUACAUGUUCCCUUGUUGUUGUGGAUAAACAGUUCCAACCUUUGGCAGUCAACUGUGAAGGACAAAACUAUAGGAAUGUUAUUAUGUGGAUGGACCAUCGUGCAGUCAGUCAAGUUGAGCGCAUCAAUGCAACGCAACACAGGGUUUUGAGCUAUGUAGGGGGAGUGAUGUCUGUGGAAAUGCAGCCACCUAAAUUGCUGUGGAUAAAGGAGAACUUGCAAAAAUCAUGCUGGGAGAAGGCAGGCUACUUCUUUGAUCUUCCGGAUUUCUUAUCUUGGAAAGCCACAGGUGUCACUGCAAGGUCCCUCUGUACAGUAGUGUGCAAGUGGACGUACACGUCAGAUGGAGGUUGGGAUGACGGUUUCUGGAAAAUGAUUGGUUUGGAAGAUUUGGUGAAGGAUAAGUACGAAAAAAUAG